GGACACGGCAGGGCAGGAGCGGUACCAGACCAUCACCAAGCAGUACUACCGGCGGGCACAGGGCAUCUUCCUGGUGUACGACAUCAGCAGCGAGCGCUCCUACCAGCACAUCGUCAAGUGGGCCAGCGACGUGGACGAGUAUGCACCCGACGGCGUCCAGAAGAUCCUCAUCGGGAACAAAGCGGACGAGGAGCACAAGAGGCAAGUGGCCAAAGAGCAAGGGCUGCAGCUUGCCCGGGAGUACGGAAUGGACUUCUACGAGACCAGCGCCUGCAGCAACCUGAACAUAAAGGAGUCCUUCACCCGCCUGACGGAGCUGGUGCUGCAGGCGCACCGCAAGGAGCUGGCGGGGCUGCGCACUGCCACGGCCCCCCCUGAGCUGGCCCAGCUGGAGGAGGAUGAGCAGCAGACCCCGGGGGGGCACGACAACCCCAAGAACUGCUGGUGUUGAAGCCUGGCCUCCCCCAGCCCUGCUACAGAGGGGGCACAGUGGGGGGAGACAAGGAAUGGGGACUUACCCCCCACCCCACCGCGGCCCCUUGGUGUUUGGGGGGGUCCCAGGCACUGUUUGCACACCCCGCACCCCUGUUUUGCACACUGUUUCCACAAUAAAGGAGAUACUGGAGCCCA